CAUUGGGUUUUUUCAACGCCAUCCAAUACCGUUUUAAAUUAAAUAUGUUGGUCAAGUUGUUAAUUUGUAGUUAAUGUGUUGAAGUGACAUGAAUCGUAUAUAAACAUGGCUGCCCCUGAAAAUGGUAAAAAGCUCGUUCGCUCACACAGCGGUCUGCGUAUGAUAUCUGGUAACGAUGUCGAUGGCAGUCCGUUCUCAAUCCGCGAACCCGACUGGGUUCCUGAUGAUCAGUUCCAGUACUGCAUGAAUCCAGACUGUCAAGGGAAGUUCCACUUCAUGAACAGAAGACACCACUGCCGCCGAUGUGGUAAGGUGUUCUGUAACAAGUGCUGCGAGGCGAAGCUUCCUCUGCCACGCAUGUGCUUCGUUGACCCCGUCCGACACUGUCAGACAUGUAGCGGGCACACAAAGAAGGAGAACGACUUCUACGACAAGUCUCUCAAAACUCUCUUACAAGGUGGCGAGUUCACUGUACUAGACUCAGAAAAUAAUGAAGAGAGUCACAACUUCCUGUGUAAACUUUCAGUGGACCACCGAAUGCUGCUGUUUGACGGCCAGGGUUCCCAGGACAGCAUCAUGUUGGACCGGAUCGAGUCGAUUCAGGUGCUCAGCACGGAAACAGAUUCUCAAGACGAUGAAGGCAAUAAGAUUGGGACUGGAGUUGCCAUGAGAUACAGAGAUAGAUCUGAUGACAAACAGAUAAUCAAGAUGACUGUCACAGGUGGAGCAAACCGCAAACAAGGCAUGCUGUGGGUGGCAGCCAUGCAGAAGGCUUUCAAGAUGGUGUGUGAGACACGCUCUGUGUUUUCAACAUAGAUGUCGGAGAUUGUCAUUGUUGGUGCUAUAGCCAGUUCAGACCAGUGACAGUGUGUGUGUGUGUGUGUGUUUGUGUGUGUAAGUGACUUUGUCUGUCUGUGUGUGUGUUUAAAUGACUGUUUGUGACUGUUUGUCUGUCUGUGUGUGUGUGUAAGUGACUGUUUGUCU